CUAUUACUACUUGUCACUUUGCUACAAUGUUCCUCCAUCGUUUCUCCCCCACCCCCUCCCUCUGCUGCGGGUCCUUACAUUUGUUUGCCAUUAGAUUGGGUGGGAGCAGGGAUUCCUCUGUUCUGCAUACACUUCACUGUGUCAGAUUUCUCCAUCGCCUCCUUUUUUUUUUUUUUGCAGGCUGAACCUGGAGCAGCAGAGCCGGAGAAGUAUAGGAGGAUGCAAACACUGACUUUUUUGCUUCUGAGCUCCUCACAACCAAGGAAGUUUGUCUAGGCUUCACACCAAAGGACGCAGCCCUUUCGGGAUGAACUUCUUGCCGGUUCCGAUCAGGACUGAUAACGUCUGAGGAUGUUAUGGAGGAGAAAACCGCUCCAUUCCAGCCACAAGUUCCUCGAGAUGUAGAUGGGGCUCUGAUUGUCUUCUAGGAAAAGAUGAGAAGAAGAAAUUAAAACAUUUUUAAAAAAAUUCUUAACAAAGACCAUCCACCGGCGCUGCUGGGAGUAAUUCGAGCAGUUAACGGGCUUUAGCCGGGUCGUCCUCGAGGGAACAAUGAGAGACUUAUUUUGUCUUUCAGACGAGCAGCUCCUACAAGAAGACGAUGACAUGCCCUCGUCUAGACACAGGCAAAAUGGUAGGACCAGGACAAACUGUGCCAAGUGCCAGAAGAACCUGUCCCUCCAGAACUCGGUGAAGGUUCUCUACGUCUUUGUGGUGAUUCUCAUCAUUGCUGUCAUCGUGUUAGCGUCAUUGGUUUUCAGGAAAGUCAAUUCCCUGUACGAUGACUUCAGCUCGGCAAAGUCCGGCUAUGAGAAGAAGAUUGUCUCCGUCCAAGUGGAUCUUCAGGAGCUCGACAUAAAAUCUAUUGGAAACUGCUCCUACUGCCACGAUGCCACCUACUUGGGACAAGAAAUCAGCAAACUUCAGGGGGAGUUGGAAGAGAUACAGAAGAUGCUCUUGGCCCAGGACAUGCAACUGGACAAGACAUCUCAAAAUCAUCAGCUCCUUAUAGCCACCAACAGCAAAAUGGACAAUCAGAUAGAGAGGAGUAACAUCUCCCUUCGACAGAUCAAUCAGACUUUGGGACUUUUCCUGUCGCAGGUCAAAGGGUGGCAAACCACCGCAGCCGAGCUGGAAACUUCGGUGAAAAACUUGGUCCAGGAGAGGUAUGACAUCACAGCCGCCGUCCAGCAGAUAAAUUUUACUGUUAGGCAAACUUCGGAGUGGAUACAGGUUAUCCAGAGAAAAAACGAUGAGGAAACGUUGACCUUACAAAAAAUUGUCACUGACUGGCAAAAUUAUAGCAAAAUUUUGGGUGGAUUUAAAUCCACUUCUGUCAAAACCAUUGACCUGGUAAGAAACAUUCAAAGCAGCAUUACAGCCACAGCCCAACGUAUCACUAUGAACACGGAGGUCAUGCAUGAUCUGGUCCUACAAGUUAUGGGGCUUCAGCUCCAAUUGGACAACAUCACUUCUUUUCUUGAUGACCAUGAAGAAAACAUGCAAGAUCUCCAGUAUCAUACCAAGUACACGCAAAAUAGGACUGUUGAGCGGUUCGAGAGCCUCGAGGGCAGGAUGUUUUCUCAUGAGACUGAAAUCGCGACUAUAUUCACAAAUAUCAAUGCUACUGACAACCACGUGCACAGCAUGUUGAAGUAUCUGGACGAUGUACGUCUCUCUUGCACACACGGGUUCAAUUCUCAUGCUGAGGAACUCUACUACCUUAACAAGUCUGUCAGCCUCAUGGAAGGGGCCACCGAUUUGCUGAGAGAGAGGUUCAGUCUUAUGAAUGCUCGUCUAGAUUUUGAUGUUAGGAACCUUUCAAUGAUCAUGGAAGAAAUGAAACUGGUGGACAUCAAACAUGGGGACAUCCUCCAGAAAGUCACAAUUGUGCAAGGUGCACCAGGACUUCCAGGUCCAAGAGGGAUUAAAGGUGAUAUGGGAGGAAAAGGACCCAUAGGCUUGAAGGGAGAAAAAGGUGACACAGGUGAAUUAGGCCCUCCAGGUCCUCAAGGGCCAAGGGGACCUAUCGGUGAAACUGGACCAAUAGGAGAGAAGGGUUCUAUUGGAAUUAAAGGAAGUUCAGGAAUUAAAGGUGAGAAGGGCAGUAUGGGUCCACCAGGUCCAAAAGGUCAGAAAGGAAUUAAAGGUGAUCCAAGUCCUCCUGGACCUAUUGGCCCUCCUGGUGCAAUAGGACCUCAAGGCUUGACUGGACUGCCAGGAUUUAUGGGACACCCUGGGUUACAAGGGAUAGACGGACCAAUGGGCUUGAAAGGGGAAGCUGGUAUUCCAGGUCCUUCUGGUUUGCCCGGACCUCCUGGGCCAAAAGGAAAAGCUGCCGUAUCAAAAUGAAUGUAUUUCCAAAAGACUUUAUGAACACAGAAUAACCCAUGAGUGGGGUAGAGAGUUGACUCAGUGCUGUAGAUACCAGACUUUGGACUCUAACCUUGGUCAUGAAGUCGUGGCUGGAACAUAAUCUAAUUUUUCCACAUAAUUCUACCGAAUCAUAUAAAAUAUAGACAUGUUUUUGUAGGAUGCAUUGCUGCAUUCAUUAUUCUCAUUCAUUAUUAGUAUCAUAUCUGUGUAGGUUCUUGACCUGUUCAGAUGCCCACCUGUCAAGAUCUCCAGUUUUAGCAUACUGAGAAUUCAUAGCGAAUACUAUGCUUUUGUUCUAUCCUUACUGCUGCUCUCAGAGCUGCUUUCAAAUUUUUGCUGGUUGCCCUUGGAAACAGACUACACUUUGUUGACGGACACGUGACCUAACAGUUUAAAGGAAGACUCCAUAUUUUUCCAUGUGAAUUCUCCAAUAUAAUCCUGAAGUCUCACGUUAAUGCAGUAUAUUGUACGUUUCUGAACUAUAACAUAUCGAGCUGAGUAUGGCUAAACCAUGAAAUGGCAACAAUUAAGGAACCCCCCCACGCCCUAGGUGGCAACUUCACGUCUUUUUAUCCCUGUGUGUCUUGUUGUCGCUGAAUCUGUAUACUGCUGACCACUUCCUCUACAUGAUGUAAGGCAAUUAUUGGUAACAAAUAAUCUCUACUGCUCCAGGCAGUGGGCUGGGUUUGGCUAUUGCCUGUGACAUGCUGCAUGCUACUGCACAGGCACAGCCCGCCACCUCUCCUGUGCAUUGGACCUACAAGUGUGUCUCCCUAGUGUUCUGCACACUGUUAAUAAGUGGGUGAGGUAAGAGGGUGGUAGGGAUGAUUUCAUGUGUUUUUAGAGUUUCUCCUUAACUUUAUGAACUAUCUGAUUUCCCACAAUGUGUUGUUCUUUGGUGUAAGGAAACCAGCAGAAUUUCAAAUUUGGCUUUAGAUGUAAUUCGAGAAGAAAUAGACCAUGUAACUCUGAGAUAAAUGAAAAUCGAAAUGCCUGGUUGGCAAAUUGAUCUGUGACCUUCCCAUUGUCUGUGCAUCCAGGAAAAUGAGUUGCCCUACUUUAGCAAAUAGAGCCUAUUGCAUUCUAUUGGACAGUAAAGCAGAAGACCAGAUGGACACGCGGUGAAAUACUUGCAUGUACUCAUAAGGCUGGAGCUACCUAUCUUCUAGCUUGUUCCUUUUUCUUUGGAGGAUUGAUAGGACAUAUUGAGUGUUCUAUAUGUAUGUCGAACAGUUCGAACCUCUAUUGAAAGUCCUGAACCACAACAAGUCGCCUGUAUGGUUAAUUUCCAAAUGUAUGGAUAAAAAUAUGAGGUCAAUGCACUCUUUGCAUUUUUUGUGUGUGUUAGUAUUGACAAAUUGAAGAAACACUCCAAGCAAAACUAAUAUACACUGUGUUAGCCUAGAGAAGGCCUGAGGGGGUGGUGCAUGACACAGCAGCAAUGAGAGAUUCCCUGUGUCAUGCUCCGCCCUCAUCAGACCAUGCACUAGACAUAACAUAAUGUAUCAGUUUUAACCAGAGUGUUCUGUUAAGAUGUUCAGAAUUGCAUUCCAAUAGAAUUUGCCUAAAAUGUUAUCACAUGUUAGACGGUUUCUGCAACCUCUCUUAGAAACUCAUGUUUAAUAUGUCUGCACUUGCUGGAUAAGUGCUUUUGAAAUAAGGUCUUCAUUGUCUAUUAAACAAAAGAUCCUCUACGGUGGUCCAUUACAAAUAUAUAUGGACGUUUGUUGUUUUUUUUUCUUUUCUUUAUGGAAUUUAGGAAAGUCAGAUAGACGGCCAAUGACAAAA